AUGGCAGACCGUGUCCACCGUGUCACCAUGUUCAAGCUGCCCAACCCAGCCGACCAGCAGAAGCUCAUCGAGGCGUACAAGACUGUCGACGCAACCAACCAAAAGGACGGCAAGCCGUAUAUCCUGUCGCUGGCGGUUGGUGUAGCUCAGGAAGAUACUCGCGCCCAAGGGUACACCGUUGUCUGCAAAACCGAGUUUGCUAGCAUGGAACAUCUGAAGUACUACGACGAGACUUGCCCUGCGCACAAGAACCUCAAGGCUACCGCCAAGGAACUAGGCCUUGAAGGCAUCAUGACGGUCUUCUUUAAGCCUCAACUCAUAGGGGGCUUAGUAUAA